AAGAUGGGAUUCACAUUCUCACAGUCGUGAAGAAGCCUUAUCUUCUUUGGUCAAUUCAUUCGCCCGUCUGAGUCACACUACGAAAUCCCAACACUUUCCGUCCUCCCCUAUCUCUGAGCUGCUCAAUCGAAAACUCUGCUCUUAAUUCGCCCCGACUUCAGAAAAUGGCCUCCCCAAUAGCGUACUCCCAAAUCGACGACAAGGACCUCGACGACGCCGCUUUGUGGGCUGUCAUCGAUUCCGCCACCGCCUCCCGUUCCGCAACCAAGUACAAAUCCCUUGCCAUCAAAUACAAUAAUAGCACAUCUCCAUCUCCGAUCUCAAAACCCUUGCCCCCGACCAAGGUCCAGAGAAUCGCGAGGGACUCCCCUUCGGCUUCAAUCGAAUCCAAGGCUACAGGCGACGGCGAAGUAGACCAUGAACCUUGGUCAUUCCGGCCUCCUAGGAAGGUUGCAAGGAUUUGUUCUUCGGAGACAAGCGAGAGUAGUCCUCUGGUUCCGGUGAAAAAUGGGCAGCGAACUCCACCGGUAGCAGCUUUUUAUUCCUCACCGGAGGCCCAUCUGUCGCCUGAGAUAGGGAGGCUUCGAGUGCAAGAGAUUAGUCCUUAUACAGAGGUCUCUCCGGGGCAUAGUGGCAGGAGCGAAGAGAAGGAGAUCACGACGCAUGGCUUCUCUGGCAAGUUCCCUUCAGUUUCAUUGUUCAAGGAAUACCAAAAUACAGCUAUGGCGAUUUUGGAGAAGACGGAUUACACAUUAAUUUCGGGGAAGCCUUUCAUAAAAAAGUCAGGUUGGAGGAAGAUAUCUUGCUUCUUCAAUAUUUCUUUUGAAAUUAGAGACAAGAAUAUUGAAUUUGAUGAGAACCGUAAUGUUCAACGCGCUGAGUUUGUGGCUCGGGCAUACAUGCAGUAUGUUUCCCUAUUCGAGGGGGUAGGUUCUCUGAUGGUUGGGGCUCUUGUGAGCGGCGUGAGAAGCGAUUUCAGAAACCGAAUCAUGACGUACCAAGCACGGCAGAGACUAGAGCCAAAAACAAAGCGUGUCAAGACUUACUAGGAAUUGGAGAAUACCGAUCUGGUGAUGGUGCAAGCUAAGUUGGUUACUGAUGUUGUAAUAUUACAGAUACAGUUUACAGAUGACUGUUGAUUGUAACGGCUUUUUUCCCAGACCAUGGGCUUUCUCAUUUUUUUCCUUUGCCCUGAAGUUUUGUCAGGGUUGACGACAAAAUGAGCUAAACACAAAAUUGUGUGUAAAGCUAUAAUACUCCACAGUGGGAUCGCAUACAUGAAAAUAGCAAAUCUAUAAUACUUC